AUGGCGGAACAUCUUCUGCAAAGGUUUGCCGCCAUGGCCAGCACUAGUACUGCAGGGCCGCCUUCCUCGACAGCUACGUUAAGUCAGCGUGUUCAUCACGAACCAUUCGGCAAGUAUCCAGUGUACGGCCCCGGAUCCGGUCCGGAUAUAUAUGACGACGGUGGAGAGUUCUGGCAAGGUGAAACUGGUGCAGGAUUUUUUCCCGGAGGUGGACCUGCAUUGCCACCACCACCACCACCGCCAGCUCCGCCUUUUCCCUAUCGUGUUCCGUACGGAAAAUUCGGCAAACCUCGCUUCAAGGGAGCAUCGGUUGCAGUGCUUACCUUCAUUGGAUUUCUGUUCUUUCUCAGUGUACUGCAGAAUUACAUUCGUGAUUACUCCACUACUAAUACGCCUACGGUGAUCGUUGUUUCAUCCGGAGCGACCAAAGAAAACCCACAGCAAUAUCCGUUUCUUCAGAAGGCCGACUUGGAGCUCAGCCAGGAGUCGGAUGAUGAUGGUUACUCAAGCUACAAAUUGAAAGCGCCUCAACAUUCGCAUAGCAAGCGUCCGAAGAAUCACAAGCGACAGUCCCACAAUUCUGUGAAGACAACAUCGAAACAGCCUGCGUUCUCCGAUUUGAUCAGCGUAGGCGGGCAGGACAAGAGAAAAUAG